CGUUUAAGAAGAUUGUCUACCAAAUAUAGAACAGAAAAGAUUUAUCCCACAGUCACUGGAGAAAAAGAAGAAAAUGUUAAAAAGAAUAGAUACAAGGACAUUCUACCAUUUGAUCACAGCAGAGUUAAAUUGACUUUAAAGACUCCUUCUCAAGAUUCAGACUAUAUCAAUGCAAAUUUUAUUAAGGGUGUCUAUGGGCCAAAAGCAUAUGUGGCAACCCAAGGACCUUUAGCAAAUACAGUAAUCGACUUUUGGAGGAUGAUAUGGGAGUACAAUGUUGUAAUCAUUGUUAUGGCCUGCCGAGAAUUCGAGAUGGGAAGGAAAAAAUGUGAGCGCUACUGGCCUUUGUAUGGAGAAGACCCUAUAACAUUUGCACCAUUUAAAAUUUCUUGUGAAACUGAACAAGCCAGAACAGACUACUUCAUUAGGACACUGUUACUUGAAUUUCAAAAUGAAUCUCGUAGGUUAUAUCAAUUUCAUUAUGUGAAUUGGCCAGACCAUGAUGUUCCUUCAUCAUUUGAUUCUAUUCUGGACAUGAUAAGCCUAAUGAGGAAAUACCAAGAGCAUGAAGACGUGCCUAUUUGCAUCCACUGCAGUGCAGGCUGUGGAAGAACAGGUGCCAUUUGUGCCAUAGAUUAUACAUGGAACUUACUAAAAGCUGGGAAAAUACCCGAAGAAUUUAAUGUAUUUAAUUUAAUACAAGAAAUGAGAACACAAAGGCAUUCUGCAGUACAAACAAAGGAGCAGUAUGAGCUGGUUCAUAGAGCUAUAGCCCAACUAUUUGAAAAGCAGCUACAACUAUAUGAAAUUCAUGAAGUCCAGAAAAUUGCUGAUGGGGUGAAUGAAAUGGGCACUGAAAAUAUGGUUAGUUCCAUAGAUCCUGAAAAACAAGAUUCUCCUCCUCCCAAGCCACCAAGGACCCGCAGUUGCCUUGUUGAAGGAGAUGCUAAGGAAGAAAUACUUCAGCCACCGGAACCUCACCCAGUGCCACCCAUCUUGACACCUUCACCCCCUUCAGCGUUUCCAACAGUCACUACAGUGUGGCAGGACAAUGACAGAUAUCACCCCAAGCCAGUGUUGCACAUGGUUUCAUCAGAACAUCACGCCACAGAUCUCAACAGAAACUAUAAUAAAUCAACAGAACUCCCAGGGAAAAAUGAAUCCACUGUUGAACAGCUAGAGAAAAAAUUGGAGCGAAAUUUAAGUUUUGAAAUUAAGAAGGUCCCACUCCAAGAGGGACCAAAGAGUUUUGAAGGGAACGCACUCUUGAAUAGGGGACAUGCGAUUAAAAUUAAGCCUGCUACAUCUUGUAUAACUGAUAAGAUUGCUAAGCCUCAAGAGCUGAGUUCAGGGGAUGUAAGGGUUGGUGAGAUUUCUCAGAAUUCUUGUGUGGACUACAGUGUCACGCAGUUAAACAAGCAUCCCGCUACUCCGUCAGAAGAAACACAGGUGAAUGCAGACACACCUCCAAGGCCAGACUGUUUGCCUCUUGAUGAGAAAGGAUUUACAGUGUGGUCAUUUCAUGGACCUGAAAAUGCCCUGCGUGUGCACGAUUUUUCUGAAGGCAAAUCCUCUGAUAGCCACUGUCAGGUUAUGAAAACUGUGAGUUUAACACCAAGCCCCACAACACAAAUUGAAUCUCAUGAUCUUGUGGAUCAUCCAAACAGUUCACCUGUAUUCAGCGCACCCCUCAGUUUUACUAAUCCCCUUCACUCGGAUGACUCAGACUCAGACGAAAGGAACUUGGAUGGUGCUUUGACCAAGAAUAAAAUGAAUAUUUCUACAGCAAGUGCCACCGUUUCUGCUGCCUCUGGUACUGAAAGCAUUUCUACUAGGAAAGUUUUGCCAAUGUCCAUUGCUAGACAUGAUACAGCAGGAACGAUAUGUCCAGGUGCUAAAAAAGAUGUUGAUGUUAGUGAAGAUUCACCUCCUCCCCUACCUGAAAGAACUCCUGAAUCUUUUGUCUUAGCAGGUGAACACAAUACAUCUGUAAGAUCUGAAUUAAUUAACCUUCAAAAUCAGGAAUUGUCUGAGACUAAAUCUGAAGGCUCGAUGACCUCUGGAAAUGAAAAAUGUCAUCCAGCAGGAGGUGUCCACACAGAGACUUUGAGUGACAAAGAUGAAGUAUCAGAAAGUCCCACAGAAGCCACAGAUAUUGGUUUUGGUAAUCGCUGUGGAAAGCCCAAAGGACCAAGAGAUCCACCUUCAGAAUGGACAUGAUUCAGGGAGUUAGGAGAGACACGUGAAAUUCUACUGGAAAAUUCAAGUGCCACUGAAAGCCAGAUUGGUAUUCCAUCAGAAAGUGUGCGACUAACAGCAGCGCAGACUGUUCACCUUACAAGUUUUUGCGGGAACGAUCUACCUGCCUAUACUACAAUUAGGAAAAAGUAUUACAUAGGGUUUAUUUUGUAACUUCAAGUAUUAUUGCCUUAAUGUCUCUUAACCCUGUUACACGCUGCUUGUAGACUUGUUAAUAUAGUAAUACUUUUAUGAUAAAUUGAGUGUCAGACUACUCUUUUGCUAAUGGUUUAUCGAGUAUGCAUUAUUUUGUAUUUGUACAGGGCAAGUAGAUAUAUCAUUUGAUAAAGUUGCAGUUAUAUUAUUAACAGAAGAUGUAAGAAAUUUCUGCAUGGUCUAAAUCUUUGUGUACCUUAUUUGUAAAUUAUUCGCCCUGAAAUUUUAGAAAAUAGUUUCUGAAUUUAAAAUUGCUGGAUUCAUGCAGCCAGCAUUGCAGGUUAUCAGAGAUCAAAGAUUGUAAUAAUAAUACAUUUUGUAAAUUGUGAGCAAAAGGUUAUUUUUAUAUUAUAUACUGUCUAAUUGUCCACCAUUUGUUUUCACGUAGUCAUGGAGAUUCAGUAAGUGCCUUGGAACAAUAUUGAAUUCUCUUAGCUGUGUGUGUUACUUUAAUAUUUUGAACUCAACUGGGGUUAGAAGACUAUCAAAAAUAUGUGUUUCAGGAUAUUUGACCUUCCAUUAAAAAAACAAAAACAAUUUUACAGUGCC